AUGCAAACACCUCCCAAGCAACAGCGUGACAACGAACCUAACACGACAGACACUGGGAAGACCGAAACACUGUACUGCCCAGAGUGUUACUUACCGCUGCACCCAGAUCCCAAGCCAGAGAGGUUGUAUAUAUUCUUGCACGCACUCAGGUAUACUACUAGUUUGGGAUCAUUCGAGACGGAGAUGCCUGAAUGGACCGCCGAGGGAUGGGAGUGGGAUCAGUCAUGGCAGACUACUUACGAUAUAGGAUUGGAGGUAUUAUAA